CCGCGCCCGGCAUCAUAGCCACGGCAUCUCACAUGUCCAGAUCCACUAACCCAUCCUCGACCCUCCAGAUGUCGCAUGGGCCGUCUUGCGCUCGCCUCCAACCCCCGCUUUCGCCUUCGCAAACUUCAGCAUACCGCUGUCGCAUCGUGGUUUUCUCCUUGUGCAUCCUCCAUCCAUGCCUGUUUUGCUGUCAGCAGACAAGACUCUGCUGCAUCUGGCCCCCACCCUCUGGCAGUUCCGCAAACCUUGCUGUUUUGCCUGCUACUGCAUCUCCUGCUUCUCUACCACUGCUUCGGCCUCGAUUCCCGCAAAAACCACCCUGCUAUUUCGCUUCGGGUCUCGACACCCUCCCUUGCUGCUGUCAUUCCCUCUUGAGAUCAACGUCCCUGCUGCCUUAGCGGCCCCAAGCCACAUGCCAUGUCACCGCACUCGUGUGUGUGUGGCAUUUGUACGUAUCUAGAUAUUCAACGGC